AUGACUGAGGUGGGUAAACUACAAGAGCGGAUCGCUUGCAGCCCGCUGGGCCAUUUUCGACCAAAAAAGAGAUCACAUUACGACCAUAAUAAAAGGUCGCCAGUCACAUAUUACGAGACAAAAAUAGGUCCAAGAAAUCAAGAAAUUUUCAAUUUGAAUACAGACGUGGCCCUUCAAAUGCCAAAUAGUUUUCAAUGCGGUCCUCACAUCAAAAACGCUACAGAAGCGCAGCAAUUUUUAAAGCCACUAACUUCACGUGACUUCAGUGAUGACGUCAUUAUCUACAACGUCAUAACAGUUUUGCGGGAAACCCUGGAAUUUGCUUACUCCAAUCGGCAGCUGUCAGAUGUGCUCUUGCUCCUGUUGGACAAGAUACUUGAUGUUUCAAGUGACAUUUUACGAAUAAAUAACUCUUCAUUGACGUUAAAAAUAAUUUCUAGAUUGUUGUUGAUUAUUGAGAAAUACAUUGCUAACGUGAACUGGUUCGACGCCAAGAACAUGAAUGAAACUCUCAACAAUGUUGAAAUUUUUGUUGAAAAGUGGCAGACGAAUCCACAUCAACAAAAGUUGAAACUGAAAACAGCGCAGCAUCGAGUGCAUUCCGUUACAUUCCAAUCAAAGCAUAAUGUUGCAACUGAUGCAAAGACCUUCACCGCAUAUGAACAACAUCCACCCAACAAACUGCAACAACAGCAACAAUUCGUCAAACUCCUACACAAUUCGGUCAUCUGGGUAUCUGCCAUCCCGCAGUGGAGCAAGUUGCAAGCAGAAUAUUUUUUUCUAAUUAUUACCACCAUCAAUUUAUUUGGCGCGGUCUCGAUUUGUGAAAAUGAUUACAAUUACGACAGUUACUGCACAUUGUGCAAGCAAACUGCUACAAACUUAAGUUGGCCCUCUCGCCUUUACAGAUGUGCUUCCUGGAAUGCAACAAUUCAAUCGUGGACAGUGGACGAGGUUGAAACGCUAACGAACAAUGAUGAACAAAUUGUCUGCUGCUCGAACAUCAUGUCCUAUUUGGCCAUCGUUCAGGAUUCCACCUUUGCUCAAUCAGUUAACGUGAGGGACGACGUCGUGAUGGCCAUGAUGUCCCUCGUUUGUUUCCUCGUCUCCAUCCUGUCCAACCUAGCAGUCACCGUUUAUUUUGCCACAUUCAACUCAUUCAACCGCCAAGAGUACGGCCAGAUAAUUCUCCAGUUCUGCGUGUGCAUGGCAAUGAUGGACGCCUGCCUCCUCAUCACUUACAACCACAACGUUCUCUGGCCUUGGACCGAAAACUUCUGCACUCCCAUCUCCACGUUGGCCAAUUUUUUCACCGUUGCAGGUCACACGUGGUUUGCCUGCUUGGUUCAGUUUGUAUUCAGUAGAUCCUCCACGAAACUGGUAACUGCGGUUCCAAGUGCUUCAAGCGUCAACGUGGUUGGCCUCGUCAACAGUGGUCCAGAUGGAAACGAUUGUGUUUAUGAACGAAACGGCCCAAAAAGUUUUAAUGCUAUAGGAAGGAAAGCUUUUGCUGUUUGGGGCUUGGCUUUCCUACAGUUGAUCGUCUCGGCAGCGUUGAAUGCGUACGGAUUUGUGCCUAACUCUUCCAAAUGUUGGGACGAAGGAGCAGAUGAAGCUGCCAUAUGGGCCACCCUGAUCGCUCCCGUGUACAUCUGUCUGCUGACGUCAUCGCUCUGGUGCGGUCUGCUGUUCUGGAGGUAUCUACCAUGUUACAGGUUUGCAUAUGAAAGGCCGAAAUAUGGCGCCCAUGAAUUGAACAAAACCGCAUCGUUUGACGUUGAUGACCAGUUCCCAACUGACCAGGUUUUCGGCAUAAUCACGUUGAAAAUGUUACUCCUAAUAUCGUGGAUUAUUUACACGUUAUCUGCCUCAUCGGCUUUCCAUUCAAAAAGUCCAACCCUCCAGAAAUGUCACUGCGUCCUCUCUUCUAUGAACGGCUUCACUUCAUUCCUGCUGUUUGCGCUAAGAAAUGCAGUGAAGAAUGACAAAACAAUGUGUUUGAAGCGUGCUUGUUGUUUCGGUCGGUGCGGCACUCAGAACUGUUCAGUGGGCGGAGGUCGAAUCGUGGUGACCAAAUCAUUCAAUCGCUCAUCCAACGCGCUGAACUCCAACGCAGGUAGCAACAAUUGUUUGUUGGGACACCAUUCGGUGCAUCAGUGCAAUCGACCGCAUCAGUGCUUGCCACUGCAACAAAGCGACAAUGAACAAAAUUUUGCCAUAAUUCAAUCCCGUCUACAACCAUCGAUACAUUCUUCUUUGUUCUCCGACACUCUGAAUACGCUCACCACCUCCAUGUCGUCUGCCACUUCUAGUUGUCGACUGGCGCCUACGUCUUCACCUCUGACGAUGCUGCCAGCAACGUGCGGAGCGCUCACUCAACCACUAUCUACAACGUCGUCGUUCGCGUUGCAUAAUCAAUCAUCAACGUCUUGUUUACUAUCGUUAUCCGUUCAACAACAAUCUCAGCAGCAUUAUCAACAACAAUCUGAUUCGCAGCAACAAACGCAACUUCAGCAGCAACAAUCGCAACUUCAACAUCAGCAGACGCAACUACAGCUACAAUCACAACAGCAGCAGCCACAAAUACAACCCCAACAGCAAACAUCACAAAUACAAUCGCAUCCUAGUUUUGCAGCACAGCUUUCAAAUGAGCAGAUGCCUUACUGCUCAGGAUCACUACAACAUACUCACCAUUACAAAGCUUUACAGUUUCAGCAACUGCAUCAACAUCUGCAACAGCCUCAGUUACAACUUCUGCAACACCAAUGUACGUCGCAACCAGCACAACCCAACCGGCAACAACAAUCGCAGCAACAAUCGCAAACCCAGCAACAAUCACAACAACAGCAACAAUUGCAUCAGCAUCAUCAACAACAACAACAAAAUCAGCAAGUGAACGCGGAAUCGUUUUCAACACUACCACUGCGGUCCAACUCGUGCCGCUACAACAUACCGGUCCCAAAUAAAAUUGUCGGCUUUGUAAAUUCGGAUAAGCCAUCAAAACCUUGCAACAAAAUUAUUUCCAAAACGCACAGUGUGAAGAGUAGCAUAGAAGGCAAAUCAGGCAGUAACGCGACAUCAACAGCCACAAAUAACAAUGACUUCAAACAACGUUUUGCAACUUUAAGCAGAAUCAAGUGCAAAAAAGAUUCGAAGAAAAAACAGACUAGAGUUUAACGCUUAAAAAUUUUAUUUAAUUUUAUAUAUUUUUAUAUAAUUUAAAUCUAAAAUAUUACUGCGUUGUAACACUGGAUGGUUAUGCUAAUACAUCUAUUAACUAUUUUAAAUACGAACAGACGUGAAACAAUUUUUAGGGCUCUCCCAUUAUAAUUACGUACAUGUUUAUGAAAAUAUUAAAAAAACUCCAUCUAAAUAAUAAAUUACCAGUUUAUUCUGCAUUGCAAAUGUCGCCGAACGUUUGAGUUUUCUGCAACACAAGAGAAAAAGCUCUCCGUUAAUCCUUUCUUAAUCACCACAUGAAGCAGGUUUACUUUUCGUUUCUUUGGACUCGGAGUUUAUGUUUCUCGUAUUUUUGUUCUGGUUUUAUAUUUACUUUUUUGUGUUUGAUAAAAAUCUUGAAAAAAA